GGGGGGGGGGGGCUAAUAAUAAUAUUCAGACAGCCAAGGGUUAAUCUUCAACUACUGGGAGAAGAAUCCCAGAUCUGAAACUCUAGUCCAUAAAAUACACUUUUGUCAUCACCAUAUCAUCCUUACCCCCUUCCUUCCAACACCCAUUCAAAAAACAUAACAAACCUCUUUCGAUAAACCCUAAAAACCAAUCAACUACAGCAAACAUGACAAGAAAAGAGAGAAAGAUCCUAUGAAUUGAAGAAGACGAAAGCCACAAAAAACCAUAUAAAUACACAACACAGACAGACACAAAAGAAACUCAUCUGAAGAUUAGGGUUUUACUUCCGGCGGCUACCCUACCUAUACCAUCAUAAUCUAUUCUUUCAAGGUUUUCUUGGCCCAAUAUACUCAAUGGGCCAGCUUACGUGACCCAACAAACAACUUACAUUUUUCUAUUAUAUAAAACCCAGUACCUUUGUCAAAUUGUGCCUAGUAUCAACGAAGAUUCCAAAAAACAGUAAUGACAAAGUUCGAUCUCGUGUUCAUACCUUCACCAGGAAUCGGCCACCUCCGGCCAACUGUGAAGCUAGCUAAGCAACUCAUCAGCAGAGACGAUCGUAUCUCCAUCACUUUCAUCAUCAUCCCUCCUAGAAACGACGUCGGUGAUGUAACCGCCUAUAUCGCAUCACUCACUAGUACAAAGUCUCAAGAUCGUCUCCGUUACGAAGCUAUCUCCGUCGUUAAACAAUCACCGAACGCUGAUCUAGAGCCAUCUCAGGUCUACAUCGAGAGACAAAAGGCUCAAGUGAGAGAUGCAGUUACUAGCAUUCAAGAUCCAACAAGAAAGCUGGCAGGGUUCGUGGUGGACAUGUUCUGUUCCUCGAUGACCGAUGUAGCCGACGGAUUCGGAGUUCCGUGUUAUAUGAUCUACACAUCGAACGCUGCGUUUCUUGGAAUGACUCUCCACGUUCAGCAAAUGUACGAUGAGAAGAAGUAUGACGUCAGUGAUUUGGAUGAGUCCGUGAACGAGUUGGUGUUUCCGUGUCUGACUCGUCCUUAUCCUGUGAACUGUCUCCCUCAUAUCCUCAGUUCAAAGGAGUGGUUUCCUUUUUUUUCAACUCUAGGUAGAUCGUUUCGGAAGAUGAAGGGUAUUUUGGUAAAUACUGUUGCUGAGCUGGAACCUCACGCUUUGAAAAUGUUCGAAGGUGGUGAUCUUCCUCAAGUUUAUCCAGUUGGACCAGUGUUGGAUCUUGAAAACGGUUCUGUCGAUGCGGACGAGAAGGGAUCAGAGAUUUUAAGGUGGCUUGAUGAUCAACCGGAUAAGUCUGUUGUGUUUCUCUGUUUUGGAAGCAUGGGAGGUUUUACUGAGGAACAAACUAGAGAGUUAGCUGUAGCGUUAGACCGAAGCGGUCAUAGGUUUCUUUGGUCGCUCCGUCGUGCAUCUCCUAAUAUAAGAACGGACCGUCCCGGAGAUUUCACUGAUUUGGAGGCGGUUCUUCCGGCGGGGUUCUUGGACCGGACGUCGGAUAGAGGGAAAGUGAUCGGAUGGGCACCACAAGCUGCGGUGCUAGCGAAACCGGCUAUAGGAGGAUUCGUCACUCACUGCGGGUGGAACUCGAUGCUUGAGAGCUUGUGGUUCGGAGUUCCGAUGGUGACGUGGCCACUUUACGCGGAGCAGAAGGUUAACGCGUUCGAGAUGGUGGAAGAACUGGGACUGGCGGUGGAGAUACGGAAGUGCAUUAGAGGAGAUUUGUUGAUGGUCAGUGAGAUGGAGACGGUUACGGCGGAGGAUAUAGAGAGAGCGACCAGGUGUGUGAUGGAGCAGGACAGUGAUGUCAGGAAAAGAGUGACGGAGAUGGCUGAGAAGUGUCGUGUUGCGUUAAUGGACGGUGGAUCUUCGCAUUUGGCUUUGCAAAAGUUUAUUCAAGACGUUACCAAAAAUGUUGCUUAAUUUGGGUUAGGGACGUAUUCCAACUUCCAAAGUGUUAUUAUGUAUUUGUUUGCUAUUGCUAUCUAUGUCUUUUGUUUGUGUUUUUUUUUUGGGGGGAAUUUGUAUACUAGCUACUUUGUUUUAAUUACGUUGUGUAUGUUAUCAUUAUGUGUUAUGUUCUUUCUGUCUUGAAUUUGUAGACGCAACUGUGUUUAUGUGAUAAUGUACUUUCAUUAGUACAAAGAGAAAAUCUGAGCUAGUAGACGUA